CCCACAUUUACAUACUCAUUUUUAUUUUUUUGCUUUUAAAGAAAUACAAUACCAAGGCACAAAUUGGUUUCCUCUUUUAAACCUCAAUUAUCAUCCAUUUUGCUUAAUUUCUUCUAGCCUUGGUUUGCUUCUCAACUCCACAGAAGGUUCUCUUACCGGGUCAGAACAAGGUAGAUGCAACCCAAGUGUCCAUUGAUGGAUAAAUGCAUUAAAAUGUAGUAGACACUGUAUACAGUCAGCCUUCGGUAUCCACAGGUUCCCCACCCUCAGAUUCAAUCAACAGCAGAUGGAAAAUAUUUGAAAAAACAAGUUACGUUGCUGCUGACAUGUCCUCUAUAGUUAGGCCUAUUCGUGGCUCAUCUGAAACUCAACUUUAUUUGCACCUCUGGUGUUUUUAUUUGCUAAAUCUGGCACCUCUACUUGGGGUUAGUUUAUUAAUAUCUGCUUUCUGAGCACCAUCCUGUCCUAGGUGUUGGGGGUGGAAACCCGGGAGCUGAAGGAAAAGAUAGUUCCAGUCUUCAGAGAGUUUAUAGUCUGGUUUCCCAGAGAAAUCUGCCACCACAGGCCAGUUAUGACAUUGGCCUGCAGGUCACUUGAGACACCCCUGCCCUGGGGAGUCUGAUUCCUUUGGUUUGAAGAGAGAUCCAGAUGCCCGUGGUUUUAACAAGAGCCCCGGGUCAUUCUCCCGCUGCGGUGAGUCUGUGGAACUCUGGCAGGAGUGGCACUGGCGGCAUCUGACAAUGCUUGGCUGAAAGUCACUUUGCCAGUUACAGCCCAUUGAGGCAGCUGCAGACCUCCACGCUUGCAGCACCCAUUCGAAACCACUGGGACACAUUUUGCAGCGGCGGUCAUCUUUAAACUCUCAACUUGGGCAUCAGAACCUUGUGUCACAAGAAGCGAUGCUGCCCCGAUGGGAACUGUCUCUUUACCUGCUUGCUUCACUAGGCUUCCACUUCUAUUCUUUCUACGAGGUUUACAAAACCUCCAGAGAACAUGAAGAGCAAUUGGACCAAGAAUUUGACCUGGCGAUUGGCACUUUGCUUGGAGGAUUCAAGAAGAGGGUCCUGGGAAUCACCUUUAACAAAGACACUUAUUUGGAGAACAGCAAUGAGACCAGCCACGCUGGAGGGGAGAGCGACCAGACCGACUUCGAGUGGAGCUUCUGGAUGGAGUGGGGGAAGCAGCGGCUGGUGUGGCUCCUCCUCGGCCACCUGGCUGUGUCGCAAAUGGCCAACCAGAUUGCAAGGAAGCACAGACCCUGGUUCCUCACCGCCUACGGGAUGUGGGCCUGCUGGUGUGUGCUGGGGACCCCAGGAACGGCCAUGAUCUUCCUCCACACCGUCAUCUCCUUCUGCGUAGCCCAGUUCCGGUCACUGUUCCUGUCAUGGCUCUGUUCUCUCCUCCUGCUCUCCACGCUGAGGCUGCAGGAUGUGGAGGAAAUUAAGAGAGGGUGGUACAAGACAGAAAACGAGUACUACCUGCUGCAGUUCACGCUGACCGUCCGCUGCCUGUACUACACCAGCUUCAGCCUCGAGUUCUGCUGGCAGCAGCUGCCCUGCGGGCGCACCUUCUACUCCUUGCCCUGGAUGAUGGCCUAUGUCUUCUAUUACCCAGUCUUCCACAACGGGCCCAUCCUCAGCUUCCCCGAGUUCAUCGGACAGAUGCGGCAGCCAGAGCAGUGCCCACUGAGGCUCAGCCUGCCCGUCCUGGCCCGGGGGCUGGGCCGCCUCUUCGUCUGCUGGUGCUUGGCCGAGCUGAUGGUGCACCUCAUGUACAUGCACGCCUUCUACGGCAGCGCCCCACUCCUGAGGGCCGUCUCCUGCUGGACCCUCG